GCUACUCGCAGUGAGUUCAGGGGGACUGAGACAAAGUCCAGUGGAGCAAGGACACUCUAAAAUUUUCAUGCCUGUGGACUAACAUUAUCACGGGUGGAUUCCAUGUCUUUCCUUGUAAGUAAACCAGAACGAAUUAGACGGUGGAUGUCUGAAAAAUUUAUUCUUGAGGGCUUACGGGAAUUGGAACUCUUUGGAGAGCAGCCUCCGGGUGAUUCUCGGAGAAAAACCAAUGAAGCAAGUUCAGAGUCAAUAGCAUCUUCCCCGAAGAGGGAUAACAUGAGCAGUUACCUGCCUGACAUCAGUUGUUAUGAAUUACUGACCAUAAUAGGAAAAGGUUUUGAGGAAUUAAUGACUGUGAAUCUGGCACAAUAUAAACCAAGUGGGGAAUUUGUCACUGUCCGGAGAGUCAACUUAGAAGUCUGCAGCAAUGAGAUGGUAGCAUUUUUGCAGGGUGAGCUUCAUGUCUCAAAAUUCUUCAGCCACCCCAAUUUAGUGCCAUAUAAAGCAGCCUUCAUAGCUGACAAUGAACUAUGGGUUGUUACAUCAUUCAUGGCAUAUGGUUCUGCUAAAGAUUUAAUACGUACACAUUUUAUGGAUGGUAUGAGUGAAUUAGCUAUGGCUUACAUCCUUCAAGGAGUAUUAAAAGCUCUGGAUUAUAUACACCAUAUGGGUUAUGUUCAUAGGAGUGUGAAGGCCAGUCAUAUCCUGAUUUCUGCAGAUGGAAAAGUAUAUCUUUCUGGUUUGCGUAGUAACCUCAGUAUGAUCAGCCAUGGUCAGCGUCUCAAAGUGGUUCAUGAUUUCCCCAAAUUUAGCAUCAAAGUUCUACCAUGGCUUAGUCCAGAGGUCUUGCAGCAGAACCUGCAAGGCUAUGAUGCAAAAUCUGAUAUCUAUAGUGUUGGAAUAACAGCCUGUGAGCUAGCAAAUGGCCAUGUUCCAUUCAAAGAUAUGCCUGCAACGCAGAUGCUUUUGGAGAAACUCAAUGGAACUGUCCCUUGUCUACUAGACACAACUACUAUUCCUCCAGAGGAACUGACUAUGAAGCCAUCACGCUCUGGGGCUAGCAGUAGUCUUGGAGAAGGCAUGGCAGCCAGCAAUGCUAGAGCCUCUAAUGGUGAAGCAGCACUGCAUCCUUACCACCGUACUUUCUCAUCAUAUUUUCACAACUUUGUAGAGCAGUGCUUGCAAAGGAACCCAGACUUGAGGCCAAGUGCAAAUGCAUUGCUGAACCAUUCUUUUUUCAAACAGAUCAAACAUCGAGCAUCUGAAGCACUUCCUGAACUGUUGUAUCCUGUCAUGCCAAUUACCAGUUUUGAAGGGAUACAGGCACAAGAUCCUAGCCAUAUAUUUGGAUGGCUUCCAAUAUGGAGCAGCUUGAGAUGGAUGAUUGGGAAUUCUAGGUUACCAAUAGAAGAGCAUUGUGAAAAAAAAAUUAUAAAGCAAACUGCUGAUUACGUUGCAGUCUUUCUUAGGAAGUGGUUCCAGCUCACAUUUGCAUUAAAAUAAAGCCUGAGCUUUGAGAGGAAAAAAAGUAACAAUAUUGUAUUGAAUUUUGGCUCUAAGACAUAAAAUAUAUAUGCUCAAUUGUUUUUUAAUCAAACAUGUUUGUAGGUUUGCCAGUGGUUCCAAGGAACUGAGUGCCAUGCACUCUUUAAAAAAAAACCCAAUAAAAAUCUACUUAGAAUUGCUUAAUAGUAGCAAGUAAGAAUAUGAAGAAUAUGAAGAUACCUAUAAUUUGUAUCUAACAACGUAAUUGGAAUUCCUUUCUAUAGUGAAUUGUCCCAACGUGUAGUAAUCUUUCGUUCUUCUUCUAUAUACUUUCUUAAUCAUUGUUCAAUGAAACAUUGAGCCAAAUUUUUUCUGGCAAGCUGUAGCAUUUGCAGAUAAGUAUUCAUGUCUUAAGCUGCAUUUGAUAAUCUAGUUUUCUUGCCACUAAAAUUUUCUGCAUUUUCACAAUGUUAUUCAAUAAAUGCUGCCCUUUAUGAACUCCCUGUAAUUUUUUUAAAAACAGAAGCCUCUAAAUUAGGCUAGCAAGCCCAAAUGAUAUCUUUGCUAUUAAAAUUCGAAAGGUAACAUAAUGGAAAUAUGUAGUAUAGUACUAUGCCC